AUGAAUUAAGUUGAUCAAAGUCAAUAAAGUUAAGAGAGUUAAUCAACUAUGUUUUCAUAUGAUCCUAAACUAUUUUAGCUUUUAUAAAAAGCCUUAUUGCUUGUAACAAAAUAAAAGUAAUUUAACAAAUAUAAUUUAGACCUCAAAAUCCCAUUAAAUUUGUAGCAGAUUAUUUGAAACAAAAUCGUGAUGAUGAUUUCUGA